AUGGAUGCCAACAUCCAGCGGGCCCUCAACGAUAAGCUCUACGACAAACGCAAGAUUGGGGCUCUUGAGCUUGAACGUGUGAUCCGAGAUCUCGUUAGCGUUAAGGACUAUCAACGCGUUCACGAUAUCCUCGAACAGCUAUGUAAUGAGUACGCCUACGCUGUGCAUCAACCUCAUGCAAGAAAUGGCGGUUUGAUAGGCUUGGCUGCCGCCGCUAUUGCUCUCGGCCCAGAACUGCCCAGAUACCUUGCCAAAAUUGUCCCCCCUGUCCUGGCAUGCUUCACCGAUCAAGAUGCCAGAGUCAGAUAUUACGCUUGCGAGGCCAUGUAUAACAUAGCAAAGGUUGCCAAAGGAGAGAUCUUGGUGUAUUUUAAUAGCAUCUUCGAUCAGCUUUGCAAGCUUGGUGCGGAUUCAGAGUUAUCAGUCAAGAAUGGAGCGGAACUUCUAGAUCGGCUCGUCAAAGAUAUCGUGUCCGAGUCUGCCGCUUCCUAUGUGUCCAUUCUCGAGGCACCGCCGGAGUUCGAUAGUGACGACAAGGUCUCAUUUGGAGAGAACUCGCACUUGCCUACAGCUUUCUCUCUACCUCGAUUUAUCCCAUUGCUAAAAGAGCGUAUAUGGGUUAUUAACCCCUUCACUCGCCAGUUCCUUGUCGGCUGGAUUACCUUGCUUGACUCAAUACCAGAUCUGGAGCUCGUCACGUAUUUACCCGACUUUCUAGGAGGGCUUCUUAAGUUUCUGUCAGAUCAGAAUUCGGAUGUGCGGGUCGCUACGCAGAACUGCUUGGACAAGUUUCUCAACGAGAUCAAGCGCAUCGCUCGCAUCAAGAAGGGAAUAUUGGAAAGCAAACGGUCCAAAGAAGGUGCCAAGCGAAAACGUCAAGAUUCAAUUGACAGUGAAUCCAUCAAUCCAGACUUUGAAGAAGGAGAUGAGCUUGACUCUGACGCUGCGCUUGACGACGACGACGAUAGCAGCGGGGAAGACUGGAUUCCUGGUCAGGAUGUCGAGAUUAACUACAAAGAAAUCCUCCAAAUUCUGACUGCAACGCUGGAUUCACCACUGGAGGAGGACUGUCUCCUCGAGUCUUUACGAUGGGUCGUUGAAUUCCUCGAUAUCUGCCCCGAAGAAGUUCUUCCUUUCACCCCCAAAAUUCUUGCUCAUAUGCUUCCAGCCAUGGCUAGUACCAAGGAGACUAUCCACCAAGCAGCGACUCGAGUCAACACGUGUCUAAUGGACUAUGUUGUUUCCCUAUCCGAUGACUCCGAAUUGACUCAGCCACCUCCUGCGCAACCACCCCAAAACUUCUCGACUUCUCGACUACCAGUCCCCGGAGAGAAGGGGGCCGAUGGUGUGAACAGCAAUCGGGCAUCUUUGUCGAGCUCCAGAGACUUGGACCUCCGCAGUCCUACGCCUGCUCAAGGUCCCUCAAUAUCGACUCCGGCGGACAUUAACAUCACCCAAACACAGGCUGAUCUGGACUACGCCGCAGCUGUCAACUCUCUGACACUUCUCUUCCUCAACGAUCAUGAAGCUACCCGGGUGGCAGCCCUGACGUGGCUUAUUAUGUUGCACAGGAAAGCUCCUCGAAAGGUACUUGCUUUUAACGAUGGCACGUUCCCGGCACUGCUGAAGACGCUGUCGGAUCCAUCAGACGCUGUUGUCACCAAGGACUUGCAACUUCUUUCUCAAAUUUCCCGGAAUACAGAAGAUGAUUAUUUUGCCAAUUUCAUGGUUAAUUUGUUGCAACUCUUCUCGACUGACAGGAAGUUGCUUGAAACACGGGGCAAUCUUAUUAUCCGACAGCUUUGUUUGAGUCUGAGCCCCGAGAGAAUCUACAGGACAUUGGCCGAUUGCAUCGAGAAGGAGGAAGAUGUUGAGUUUGCCAGUAUCAUGGUACAAAAUCUCAAUAACAACCUCAUUACCGCUCCUCAACUAGCGGAUGUUCGAAAAAGGUUACGAAACCUUGAAACCAGGGAUGGCCAAACGCUAUUUGUAGCACUAUUCCGAUCGUGGUGCUACAACGCUGUGGCUACUUUCUCGCUCUGUCUGCUCGCUCAGGCUUAUGAGCAAGCAUACAACUUAUUGCAGAUCUUCGGCGAGUUGGAUAUGACUGUAAAUAUGCUCAUUCAGGUCGAUAAGCUGGUGCAGUUGAUUGAGUCACCGGUCUUUACAUACCUACGCCUACAGUUGCUAGAGCCUGAGAAGUACCCGUAUCUAUACAAAUGCAUGUACGGUAUCUUGAUGCUUUUGCCGCAAUCUUCAGCGUUUGCUGCCCUCAAAAACCGACUCAACAGUGUCAGCUCCAUAGGGUAUCUGCAUACAGCACCUCGAACUGCCGCCGCAACUACGAGUACCUCCAACUUUGAUAGACCAAAUCGGCUCAAGAGUAGAGAAGAAGGAAACAUACGUUGGGUUGAGCUCCUGGAGAAAUUCAGAAGCGUCCAGGAACGAGCGCGGCGCGCGCAACGUCAAAGCAUGGACGGUGACGAGAUGCCGCCAAUGGGAGUCAGCGAGCUUCGCAUUGGCGAUGGAGCUGUAGAUAUCAAGGGCAAGGAAGCGCGCGGUGUUGGACUGCAGCCAAUUCCCCAGAAGGAGCCAGCACCCGCUCCACCAGUACCAGCGAAGAGGAUAGGAUUGGGUAGACAGUUUGGGCGAUUGGGGGGCGCUGUGGCAGGUAAGGGCCGACGCAACCAAUAG